AUGUACUGGGUGGCUGCGAUUCCUGUCCUGCUGGGAGCUGCGCUUGCCUUCUGUGAAGCUGGAGCAGUGUCGAUUCAGCGUACCGGUGGUUUCUUGGUCGCCGCUGUCCUCAUAAUCGCCUGGCUCAACCUCAGCAAUGACUUCUUUGACUCUGAAACUGGCGUGGAUGAAAACAAGAACGAGUCAGUCGUCAACCUCACUGGCAAACCCAAUAUGGUGUUCUUGACAUCGUUGGCCUUUUUGGGAGUGGGUGUUGGCUUGCUUGGCUGGCUGUUGGCUGGCAGUGGUGCGCAUCAGAGUGCAGUCUUGCUUGCUGCUGCAAUCGCCUGUGGUUAUGUGUACCAGGGGCCGCCAUUCAGGUUGGGCUACAUUGGCCUUGGGGAGCCUCUGUGUUUUCUCGCGUUUGGGCCUCUCGCCGUUCAGGCAUUUUCUUUGGCCCUACGUCCCCAGGUUUUCCAACAUGCAGUUUUCAGCGCCGCAUCUUGGUGGACAUCAAUUUUGGUUGGGUUGACCACCACGAUGGUCCUUUUUUGCAGUCAUUUUCACCAGCUGGAAGGGGAUCGAGCUGUUGGGAAGAUGUCGCCCAUUGUCAGGCUGGGAUCGACAGGGAAAGCUCAUCAUGUCCUAAGGUGGUCCGUAUUCUCCGUGUUCGUCAUGGCCGCCACAGGGGUGUUCCUUGGCCACCUCCCAUGGACAGUCGUGGCAGUCUUGCCAUUUUGCACACCACAGGCCAGGGCCUUGCUUGCAUUCGCCGCAAAACAUUACAGCAACCCUGAGAGGAUUCGGCCCUUGAAGCUGUACGCUUUGAAUCUGCACUCAGCUUUGGGCUUAGCUCUUGCUGUCGCCCUCGCAGCAUCCAGAGUCAAGCUGCAGCUGGGCAUCUGA